CUGAUAAACUCUCCUACAUCUAUAUAAGUGCUUCUGCAGUGAUUCGGUUAGGUUACGAAUUGUGCCCAACUUCAACUUCAUCUUUCUCUCUCUACAUUAUCUCUCUAGGGUUCGCCGUCUCUAUAUUGGAAAUCAUGGCUCGCCGAAGCUCAGGUGGAAGAUCAGCACCCCGUCCAGCUCCUCGCGCUGCACCAGUGCGUAACCCCCCUCAGUCAGCAAGUCGUGCUCCUCCUCCAGCUCCCGUUCAAGGCAGCAGUGGUGGAUCCAUGCUUGGAAGCCUUGGUUCAACAAUAGCUCAAGGCAUGGCUUUUGGUACUGGCAGUGCUGUGGCACACAGGGCUGUUGAUGCUGUGAUGGGUCCUCGCACCAUUCAACAUGAAACUGUUGCCUCUGAAGCAGCUGCUGCUCCAGCAUCUACCACGAACAGCAUGGGCUCUGAUGCUUGUAAUGUGCAUUCCAAGGCAUUCCAAGAUUGCCUGAAUGGCUAUGGGAAUGAUAUCAGCAAGUGUCAGUUCUAUAUGGAUAUGUUGACCGAAUGCAGGAGGAACUCUGGUUCUAUGAUGGGUGCAUAAUUUCAUUGCCUUUGUUUUCCUAUGCAUUAGAACUACAUUUUUUUUAUCCUUCUUAUUUCUGGUGGAAUGAUAAUUGAUUAUGAUGAAAGAAUCCCCUUCUGUUAUCAUUAUUGACAUCUUGCUGGACAUGGUGUUUUGAGUACUUUAUCUUGAAUAAAGAUAUUGGAACGUUCGCGUUGUAUGGACAUAUUUCAUCUGUUUUGAAUGGAUGCUGCAUCUGAGCUAUUAAUAAGGUAAGUUUGAGCCUUUGGCAAUUA